UAUAGUUUUCCUUUAAGAGAAAUUAUAUUUCAACAAUAAAGGAGCUCUGAUAAAACAGUAUAUAUAAAAUAAUUUGUAAAGCAUGUCUGCACCUGCUCAGUGUUUGUAAUAGGUUUUAUCAUUUGCUAUAAAGCCUUUACCAUAAUAUUGUUUUUUCUUUUAUAUCACAGUGGACCUAAAUUUUGUUGCCAAUCCUGUCAAUUACAAAACUGCUUUACAUUGAUCUCGUCUGUCAUAUCAUAUGCAACAGAAUUACACAUCUGCCCAUCUAUGGUAAUUUGACCCUAUUCCUGCUCCAGCUACUGGCUUGCAAGUUAUCAUCUCUCAUCUACUUUGUCUGAUGAAGCAUUCCUUCUGCCUUCUGAACACAACAGAUGAAUCAGCACUGUCAAAAUGUCAGAAGACAGAACAGAGGAUAUUAUUCAGUUUCUGCGUGAUCGGGGACUGCAAGAAGAAUUCUUAUCACUUAUUAAAACAGAUAAGAUUGACAGAGAUGUUGUCUUGGUGUUGGAUGAUGCUUCACUGGCAAAAUACAUUCCCUCUUAUGGAGACCGUAUUGCUUUAUUCAGUUACUGCAAACGCUCAGAGGCACCCUUAAAGCGCAAAAUGGGACUCUUCGAUAAGCUGAGAAAGCAGCUUAAACUAAAAAAAGGUCAAGCAGAAGAUCAUAGUCAUCAGAGUAGCUCUAGCAACAAUGAGCGUGAAAAUGUUAACAUAGGCAAAAAGAAUAACAAAAAAAACACGCAGUCUUGAAAUUGGGUGGAUUCACAUAGAAGAUUGCAUUGUUAAGCAAGUAAGGGCCAAACAAGGGGGUGGAACCAGAAAAGUAGUUAUGGGCAAAGAUGCAGGAAAACAAGAGAUUAUGGAUGAAGGAAAAUGCCUUUUUUUCCCAAAUGGAAAAUCCAGCAAGGGUCACGAAUCUUUAUUUAAAUUUGAUGUAUGUGACUUCCAGCAGAAUUCACUCAGCCCAGAUGUAACAAUUGGGUGCAUGUAUGACACUAUCAAACUUCCUGUGCUUAGGUUUUACCUGACUACAGAAAAAAUAAACCAAAAUUGUAACACAAAUGCGUGCAACAGUGAAUUCAUGAAUCAGCCGGGUAUUUUGGUAACAGAACCUGAAACAUAUGUAGAAGGUGCUUUUACCCAAAAUACUGUUGAAGAGGUGCAAGAACAGGAUAGUUAUAGCUCAAAUAUCAUAAUACAGGCCUCAUUUGCAUCAGAUAUCAUAGUAAAUAGUGAUGACGAGAUUACAUUUGCCCCAAUAAUAGGGGUUGAAGACCUGAAUGAUACACUUUUGUGGCUAGAACCUAGCCCCAUUAAUUCCCCUGCCACAGAAAAUUUUCAUGUCAUAACAAUACACUAUGCUAAUUGCAUGAAGGAUAUGAUUGAUGCAUUUUGUGACCCAGAUAUCUUAACUAAAACAUUAGAUGUAAGGCGAAUACUUAAUGAUAACACAGAGGAAGCUGGUUCUGGAUCAGGUGUACUAAGAGAUACAAUCUCCCAUUUUUGGCAAGAAUUUUAUGAGCGUUGCACUCUAGGUGCUCUAUUAAAAGUACCCUUUAUUAGACAUGACUUCACAGCAGUAACAUGGAAGGCCAUCGGGAGAAUAUUUGUGAAAGGUUACCAAGACUGUGGUUACCUGCCUUGUAGACUUGCACUUUCAUUCACUGAGGAAGUUUUAUUUAACCAUGUAUACAGUAAUGUUCUUGAUGAUUUUUUUUACUAUGUAAGCUCUUCAGAGCAAGAAAUUCUUAGUGCAGCUUUGACCAAUUUUUCAGCUGUUGAAAUGGAAGACAUUCUUGAUGUUCUAGAUAACUACGGGUGUCGUAGAAAAAUCUCUGCUGAGUCUUUUAAACAGACUCUACUGGAGAUAGCACACAAAGAGGUUGUUCAAAGACCAAUGUUUGUCAUAGAUUGCUGGAGAGAAAUUAUAAAGCCAUUACUGAAUCUGAGCCCAGAAGAAUUGAAAAAACUGUAUUUAGAAUUGAAGCCAACUCAACGUAAAGUGUUGAAAUUGUUAGAAUUCCCUGAAGAUAUGACUCUAAAACAAAAGGAAGUUUCAAAGUACCUGAAACAAUAUGUACGAGAACUUGACCAGUGCACAUUACCUAAAUUUUUGAGAUACUGCACAGGCUCUGACUUAAUAGUCACUGGUAAGAUAAACAUUAAUUUCGAAACAAUGACAACAUUCACCAGAAGACCAGUAGGUCGUACAUGUGCAUCAAUUCUUCAGCUAGCUGAUGACUACACAAACUUUCCAGAUUUCAGAGCUGAAUUUAACGCUGUGCUUGAGAGCAAUAUAUGGGUAAUGGAAUUUGUUUGAACUUCCUAUUAUAAAAAAAUGCAGCAUUAAACUGCACUAGGUCAAAAAUUGCUACAUGAGAACUAUACCCAUGGUCAUCUUUAAAGCAAAAAUAAAAAUGUAAUAUAAGCUUCAAAUAAGAAACUUUCUAAACACAAACAAUAAUAAACUCAGUAACAUUUCUCAAAUAAUCAGGUUAUUUUUGUUAACUAUUGGCAUCUGCUAUUUUUAUUCUCCAUUCAUGCAGUAGUUGCAGUGUCUGAUUUUGAUUGACGGGUAGGUUGAAUACAUCAUUUACUUAGGGUGAUCCCUUCGCCUACCAAUUGUAUUUGAAUUAUCUAAUUUUAAACAACAAAAACAUGACUCCUACAUGAAUUAGAGAAUGAAGAGAGACAGAUAUACAAAAGGGGGAUAGUUAAGAGUAACUGAAUUAUUUCAGAAAACUGUUCUGAAUAUAUGAUUGAUCAAAUUAAGAAAAAAAAUGAUUUCAUCACGAUAAAGCCUAUAUUACAUUUUAAUUUUCAUGAUCGUCACCCUUCAAUUAUUUUGAACAUAUUUUAUAAAUAUUUGGGGAUUUUCUAUCAAUGCAUAAUAUAAUAUUCCAGUGAUAUUCCAGUAUUGCAAUACAGAAAUUACUUAUCAGUUAAUGAUAAUUAGACCUUUAAAAUAAGUGAAUGUAAAUUUCAUGUGCUUUUCUAAGAACUUUUGGGAUUUUUUUUUUAUUCGAAGAUAUUAAGGGGAAUGGGUACGGAUAUGAUUGGAUUUUGUUAUAACAUCACCACCUUCUGAUCAGUUUCUGACCCUGACGUAGUUGAGGAAAUUGUCAGGAGAAAGAAAGGCUUUUCUGAUGGUCUUCUGCUUAUGAUAAACAUUAGAAACCUCUGAUAACAUUUCUAACAUUUUUCCUAAGCAGAAGAACAUCAGAUCAGCCCUCUUUCUUUCUCCUGACAAC